AACUCGUUGAAAGCAAGGGCAACCAAUAGAUACCGCAAGCAGCUUUUACUAAGAGAAGAUAUAAACUUUAUAUCGGAAGAUGUACACUCUACUCUUCUUUCGAUAAUUACAGUUGUCGACAGGAUGAUGAAAGCAGCCUUAGAAAUCACACACGCGAGCUCCUCCUACGAGGAUCGCCAAUUAUCGUCAAUUUUUCAACCGAGAGUUCCUCAUCGAUGAAAACGUAUCGUGCACCACGUAUAUACGUAUACGUUUACUUGACAAAAUAUAUUAAUUGGAGAAACGUAGGAAAACGUGGUAUUAUCCCGGGCACAUCCACUGUCACAGGACGAUUGAUCGUGGUGGAUGAUCAAAUCGAGGCAGCAGACCGGACGUCAACGCGCGGUGUCCGUCGAGCCGUCCCGCAGGAUUUGCCGGUCGUCGUGGAGGUGGAAUCCUCCUACUACUACUCUAUUUCCUCCUACUUCACCUACUCGUUUUUCGUUGGACGAGGAACCGGCCACAGGGAUGGCGAUCAGAGUGUGAACGCGAGCACACGAGUAAGGGAGGAGGCGAGAAACUGGUCAAAGAUCCGUGGCUACGAGCUGCUAGAGCCUCUGGUGAACGGAGAGGAUCGUACCUGCGAGGAGAGGAUCCACCGGUGUUCAUCGAUUCGAUAUUAAGUACGAAUGCAGCAAGAGC